AUGGGAGGGGGAAAACCCAGAUCUUCCAUUCUUAUGCUCUUUCUCUUUGUGUUCCUUUGUGUUUUUGCAAGGGCACAACAACAGCAACCUAUAAAAAAUGUUGUUGUUUUGGUUAUGGAGAACCGUUCAUUUGACCACAUGCUGGGGUGGAUGAAAGAGAGAAUCAAUUCGUUAAUCAAUGGGGUCACGGGAGAUGAAUGCAACCCUGUUUCUACUAAAGGUCUGAAGCAAGAUUCAAUUUGCUUCACCGAUGAUGCGGAGUUUGUGGAUCCGGAUCCGGGGCAUUCAUUUGAGGAUGUGUUGCAGCAGGUAUUCGGUUCUGGUUCCAUCCCUUCCAUGAAUGGAUUUGUGGAACAAGCAUUGUCCGUGUCCCAGAACCUCUCUGAGACUGUGAUGAAAGGGUUUAAGCCUGAGUCUGUGCCGGUUUAUGCUGCUUUGGUUAAGGAAUUUGCUGUUUUUGAUAGGUGGUUUUCUUCAAUUCCGGGUCCAACUCAACCCAAUAGGCUUUUUGUGUACUCAGCAACCUCUCAUGGAUCCACAAGUCAUGUCAAGAGGCAAUUAGCGAAAGGGUACCCUCAAAAAACCAUCUUUGACUCUCUGCAUGAGAAUGGCCUAGACUUUGGGAUUUAUUUUCAGAACAUUCCCACAACUUUGUUCUAUCGGAAUCUAAGGAAAUUGAAGUACGUAUUCAAGUUCCAUCAGUAUGAUUUGAAGUUCAAGAGAGAUGCCAGAGACGGGAAGCUUCCACCCUUGACUGUGAUUGAGCCUAGGUAUUUUGACUUGAAGGGCUUGCCCGCAAAUGAUGACCACCCAUCUCAUGAUGUUGCACAUGGCCAAAUGCUGGUUAAGGAGGUUUAUGAGGCUCUAAGAGCCAGCCCUCAUUGGAAUGAAACACUCUUUAUCAUUACAUAUGAUGAACAUGGUGGAUUUUUUGAUCACGUGAAGACCCCUUUUGUCAACAUUCCUAAUCCAGAUGGAAACACCGGACCUUCUCCCUAUUUUUUCAAGUUUGAUAGGUUAGGGGUUCGGGUGCCCACUAUUAUGAUCUCUCCUUGGAUCAAGAAAGGAACUGUGAUAAGUGGUGCCAAAGGACCUGCUGAAAACUCAGAAUUUGAGCACUCUUCUAUUCCUGCAACCAUAAAGAAGAUCUUCAACCUUUCCUCCAACUUUUUGACUCACAGAGAUGCAUGGGCUGGGACAUUCGAGCAUGUUGUUGGAGAGUUAAGUUCACCCAGAACGGAUUGCCCAGUGACUUUGCCGGACGUGACCCCUCUAAGGAGUACUGAAGCAAAAGAAGAUGCAGGCUUGUCUGAAUUUCAGGGUGAGGUAGUUCAAUUGGCAGCUGUUCUAAAUGGGGACCAUUUCUUGAGCAGUUUCCCUGAUGAAAUGAGCAAGAAGAUGAGUGUGAAGGAAGCUCAUGAGUACGUUCGAGGAGCUGUCUCAAGGUUCAUAAGAGCCAGCAAAGAGGCCAUCAAGUUAGGGGCUGAUGAGUCUGCUAUUGUGGAUAUGAGAUCCUCUCUCACUACUAGAUCUUCAGGGGGAUUGAAAUCUUUAAAAUGUGAAAGGUGGCACAUAUUCUGGACUAAGAAUUUCAGCAACAGGAAGAAUUCCACCGACAAAAAGACACCAGAUCAUGCUGCCCACAGGACAUACACAGUGAGAUUUGCAUAUCAUGAGAUCCUAAGUCUUUAA